GACAGCACAUAAACCCUAAUUUCCCAAAUCCGAAAUUCGAUCGAUUCAUGGCGUUGAUAUCUCCAGGAAAACUCAGGUACGAUCUCUACUCGCAAUCGGAAAAUUCCGGCGCGCCGUUGGUGAUCUCCGUCCUCGCGUCGUUGAUCGAGCGGACCGUCGCCAGAAACGAGAGGAUCGCCGGUCGCUGCUGCGGUAGCCGGCGGCGGACGCGAGUUUUCGACGGCGUCGAGACGCCGGACAUGACGAUCCAGUCGUAUUUGGAGAGGAUUUUCCGGUACACGCGGGCAGCGCCGCCGGUCUACGUCGUCGCCUACGUGUACAUCGACCGGCUUUCUCAGAACCUCCCGGAGUUCCGCAUCGGCGCAGCGAAUGUCCACCGCCUGCUCAUCACCACAAUCAUGGUGGCUUCAAAGUACGUCGAGGACAUGAACUACAGAAAUUCGUACUACGCGAAAGUUGGGGGAUUGAGCACGCAGGAAAUGAACAAAUUGGAGAUGGAAUUUCUGUUCGAAAUGAAGUUCAAAUUGCACGUGAACGUGAGCGUAUUCGAGAGCUAUUGCAGGCAUUUGGAGAGGGAGGUGAGCAUCAAUGGCGGAUACCAAAUCGAGAAGGCUUUGAGGUGUGCUCAGGAGAUGAAGAAGACAACCCAAAUUCAAGAACAAACCACGCGGAGCAAUUAUGACCGUCGGAUUGCUCAUCUUUUACUCUAGAUUAAUUACUUUAUUUUAUUUUUUGUUUUUUAUUUUUCAUUUUAAAUGGGCCAUGGUCCAUAUGUGGAAAAUUGUACAGAAAUUUUGUUUAUAAAUUAUAUGGAAAAAUGUCAGUCUAGUUGAAUAAUGAAAUAGGUUCACUAAAAAUAGCCUAUUUGGGU